AUGUAGAUGGUGUUUUAGUAUCCGGGUGUUACGUCGAGAAUGCAGUAUAUUGAACCAGCGCACAGCUCAAGCGACUAAGUUAGAUCCCAGCAAAACACGAAACAACUAAUAAAGGCAGAAUUCGAAACGAGUGCGCAUUAUUAUCUACAGUCACCAAUUCACCCCGGAGAUCCAAUCACAAAUGUCCGAUAUCAAUGAGACUCAUCUCUCAGCUCGUCCCCCCCUCCCCUCCACCCGCAAACCGACAUCAUCACUGACGUCAUCCCAUCCCAAUACUCAUAAACUAAAGUUACCACCCAGCUCACUACAACCCAGCACUACAGACCACUACAAACCACUUUCAAACCACAGUUUCCAAUCCCAGACACCUUUUACACGAAGCAGUCACACACCCACACCCACACGAGCAAACAGUCCGAUACAAUCUUGAUACCCUAGCCCGAAGAACUACCAGCUACAAAACACAAUGCAAUCCACCCACCAACCCGACCAACCCGCCCAACCCCCAAAAGAGGCCGGCUACAACCAAGCCUCCAACCCGGUGACCCAGACGCCCUACGAGCAGCGCACACCCCAGCAAUCCAAAGCCCGACAGCGCGGGGACCCGACCUCCUCCAUCACGCGGCGCACCGCCGACUCCCGCCCGGCCAACGAUGAGCGCCUGCGCCAGCUGAACGCGGACCGCGAGCAGGAGCGCGAGGCCCUGCACCGGGCGGCGUCGGGGGUCGAUCUGGAGUACGGGGUCGAGCAGCAGCCGGCGGAGGGGGAGAUCGCCCACGCGGUGGAGAGCACGUCCGGCCGGGCGCGCGCGCGAGCGCAGGCCGGGGCCCAUGCCGGUGCAGUGGGCAGUGCCAGUGGGCCCGGGGGCCCAGGGUAUGAGAAGGGGUUGGCGGCGGAUAUGGACCGGAAGGCCGAGGAGCAUGAGCGGGUCCUGGGGGAGCGGGUGGGACAGUCGCCGGCGGAGCCGGACGAUGAUGGGGCAUUGGCGGAGAGGGAGGCCGUCAGGGAGCGGAAGUUGAAGCAGGAUAGGGAGUUGGAUGUCAAGGGGGCGGUCGCCAGAGGCACGGGGGAUCCUGUUGUUGGGUGAAUGCUCGCGCUUAAUGACAUGAGAGGCUUCUUUGUCUUUGUGGAUAGAGCUCAUUUUUGGGAAAAUGGUACAUAACGAUUUUCUGAUAUUCGUUUGUCGAG